CCCUCAGAUGUCUGCUGGUGUUGAACAGUCCCGCGUUCAAAUUUCGAACAGUUGAAUGCGUAUUGUAACUGUUUGGCGGUGAAAUUUACCGCGCGAGGCGACGUUGCCAGUCCGAGCUGGUUCAGGAUUUAGGAGGUCUGUCACGGAAUCCCGUCUUGGUAUUAUCGAGCCAAAACAGACGAGAAAUGUCUGCACCAACACACAACGGAGAGACUUCUGUUAAAGGAGAAUGGAACCUUGUUAUAUGAGACAGAGAGUCCAAUCCGGCUAGCAGGACGGAAAACGGCAGUAUGCUUAAGGAAAGAGAAAGCUCCGAGGGGUCGCCUGCUACCCCGGACGAGUGCGCGGGUUGUGGGGGCAGAAUACAGGACAGAUAUUACCUACUUGCUGUGGACCGUCAAUGGCACGGUGCUUGUCUGCGCUGCUGCGAGUGCCGACUGCCGCUAGACAGCGAACUAACAUGCUUCUCCAGAGACGGAAACAUUUAUUGCAAAGACGAUUAUUACAGAUUAUUCUGCGUGAAGCGAUGCGCGAGAUGCGGUAACGGGAUUACCGCUAACGAGCUGGUAAUGAGAGCCCGAGACAUGGUGUUUCACCUGACUUGCUUCACAUGUGUCGCCUGCGGGACCCUGUUGUCUAAGGGAGAUGUGUUCGGGAUGAGGAACAGCCUGGUGUACUGCAGACCGCACUACGAUAGCGUCUGCAUGGAUGACUUCUGUGAGGAAGACGUCAAUAGUGUUUACAGGUGUCAAGAAUUGAACAGCGAAGGUGACUCUCCGAAUCAGUACUUUCCUGUAGGCGUUAACCAGAAGGGUCGGCCGAGAAAGAGGAAGAUAGCCCACGGUCCUCAUGAAGACAUGCAAGUACAGACCAUGAGAAUGGCCAGCACGGCGUUAGACAUCCUUCACCGGGCUGACCUAUCAUCGUCAAUGGAGUCCUUGGCUUACGAUUCUUCGGUUGCAUCACCGGGAAGUGUUUCAAGUCAUACACAGCGAACUAAGCGCAUGCGCACCAGCUUUAAACAUCACCAACUUCGCACGAUGAAAUCGUAUUUCGCCAUUAACCAGAACCCAGAUGCAAAGGAUCUUAAGCAAUUGGCUCAGAAGACUGGCUUAUCUAAGAGAGUUUUACAGGUUUGGUUUCAAAAUGCUCGAGCGAAAUGGCGUAGAAAUAUGAUGAGACAGGAAUCGAAUCAGCUUGGACUGAUGACUCCUAAUGGAAGCACUGGACACUCUGUAAAUGGUGGUCUUGUCACAGGAGUUCCUCCACCAAAUGUAGAUCCUGGAAUGAUAAUGUCUGAACCAUUGCAACCCAUACAAGACAUUAGGGUUCACACUCCUCAUCCAAUGAGCUUCGGAGAAAUGUACUGACAAUUAAACAACGACGUCGUUAAACAAGAAUUCAACGAGUAGAAUUCGUAGACUUCUCUCAUCGUGAUUAAAAAUAAAUUAUUUCUAUAAAUUAUUAUAAAUUUGUUUAUAAAUUAGAUUACUCAACAUAAGGUUGCAGGUAUUUAUUUCUAAUAUAAAUACCGUUUUGGCCAAAUAAUCAGUAUCACAUGAAAUAAAUACAGAAUUAUGUAUCAUAAUUAAUAAAUUGAUUAGUUUUAGAGGUAGAAAACAUGUAGACACUUUUGACGCCUAUAAAUAUUAAGGUAAUAAGAGUUAUUAAGUGCUUAAUUUUAAAUUGCUUACCAAAAAUCUAAACCCAGAUUCUAAGUUUCUUAACAUAAAUUUAUUACUUUGUGUUUAUUAAUGCAAAAAAACUUACAAGUAUUUUUGUCGUGGACUAUAUACACUUCUAAAGUCACAAUUUCUGUUAUAAAUUUGCAAUUUGCCGUUACAAAUUAUAAAAGUAAUUACAUUUGAAUAUUAAUUUACUAUUUCAAGUGAGACUAGUCAGGUUUUAGUGUUUAGGAGUUAAUAAGAAUUCUCGACAACAGUAAACAACAAAGUGUAAUAUCAUGACUUACACAUUUAAAGGUGAUGUUGACUGUACAGUGUAAGCUUUAAAAAUAUUUGAAAUUAUAAGAA